CAAACCAUAUGCCUUGCUGCGAAUACGUCCCGUAGCGUGGAGACGGCAAUGGAGCACGUAAAUCCACGUGGAGCAGCCAGCAAGCAGCCAGCAAGCAGCCAUGGCUUGCAGUACGCACGCACGAAACCGAAACAGAAUCGCCGAGCAGAGUAUAGGCGACACGCCAUCCCUUCCGCGGCUCGGCUACUCUCCAAGCUGCUAGACUAAGCGAGCCCAGCAUCCACCACCGGAAAAAGUCCUAUAAAUCAACCGACGCACCCCGACCACUGGCACCCAUCCAAAAUCUUUUCUUCCACUCCUACCAGCACCAUACGGCAAGAAAGGUUCUUGGAUUGGUUCUUCUGUGAAGAUGGUGGCGCCCGUGGUGAUCGCGGCGGCGGGCCUCGGGAUGCUGGCGGGCGUGGCGGGCGUGGCGACGGCGAACCGGACGACGGGUGACGGGCUGCCGGCGGCGUACAGGUGGAACGCACGGCCCCGUUGCUCCACGUGCCGCGGCACCGGCCGGGAGGAGUGCCUCUGCAGCCGUUGGUCCGACGGCGACGUCGGCUGCGGGACGUGCUCCGGCUCCGGCCGCAAGCGGUGCCGCAGCUGCGGAGGCUCUGGCACUGGCCGGCAACUCCCGGCGCGACUCAUCGUCCAGCAGCAGAAGCUUCCGAACGCACACGGGCGCCGCGGAGACCACAACUGAUGUUCAUAGGUCUCCCGGAGGGAAUCAGAAUUGUUUUUUUUUAAGACCCAGCUUGGAUGCUGGUGUUUCAUGUUGAUCAUAGCAGAGAGCAUGUGGAAAAACAGAGACAUGGGGCUGAUCCGCAGAUCAGAGAGAAAGAUAAAGAAAAAGGAGGAAGGAGGAAAAGAUUACAAGCCCACUAGGAGAAGAUACAGUGGCAAAACGAUUAGCCUAUCCCUUCUGGAGGCAGAGUGAACGGGUGCAUUAGGCAGGAUGCACCAGCUUGGCGCCAGAGGUCAAUACCUCUCCUGAUCGCCUGCAUGACCACCGUCGCGGAGGGCUCCUUUUCUCUAAAAGUGCAACUGUUGCGGUGCAACCAGAUCUCCCAGAGCGUCA